CUGGCGCCGGCUCGCGUCCCCGCUGCGCGGAGAAGGCGGCUGUAGGGUUGGUGUUAUGGAGCCGGGAGAGCAGGCGGAGGAGGAGGAAGAUGAGGAGGAAGAUGAGGAGGAGAGGGUUCCUCCUAUUGCAACAACUCCACCACGUCGCAGCUGGAAGGAAGAAUCCUUAAGCCACAGCAGUAGUGAAACCCAGGCAUCAGUUACCAGUGGGAUCUCCCUAGGAGAAGAAAUAAGGCAGAAAGUUGCCAUUAAUCAGGGAAUUGAGUCAUGGUAUCAGCUUCCAGCAGCAGUGGAUGCCAGCCGUUUAACUGCUGCCUCAGAGACAAAGCUUUGCCUGACUUGUGAUAGAAAUGACCUGAUGGAGUUCCCUACACUGGAGGAAGGAGUUUUGCCUUCAGCAGAAGCAUCUGGAAGGCAGUUUCCUGGAGAUACAGCACAUGGCUUACUGCUGGAUAUUCAGGACAGUCUACUCUCUCCCCGUCUUCCGCUGCUGACGUAUUCAACACAAGGCCAAAGGUUUUCAGAUGAGACGCUUUUCCAGCAAUCAGGAAUGAAUUUUAUUCCCUUAAGGGGAGUCCCUGAUGUUUCUGGAGUGUCUGAGGAGCAUUCAAAGCCUUCACCGGUCAGUGAAGCUGUGUCACUGACAGACAUGGAAUCUCCCUCUGAUGUAUCCAGCUUUACAUUGUCCCAGCAUCCUCUUCCACUCAGUCAUGUGGAACCUUGUGGUGCCAGCUGUAGUGUUUUUUUGUCUCAGCCAACCUCUUUUUCUGGAAAACUCCUUGUGAGCAAGGAGACAAAUGAAGACUGUAAAAAUUGUACUGAUGAGGAGGCAUUGAUUCCCCGAACAAGUGACAAUUUAGCACACUCCACUGCAAAGGUGAUGCUAAUGAAGGCAAAUAGACUGAACCAAAUGGAAGCUUCUCUUGCAAAGCAGAUCUGUAGCACAUCUGUAAAAGGUGAACAUUUCUCCCCUAACAGCAAUGUACCAACUACUGUUUUUGAGCUUUCAGAGAAAGACAGACAGUUACUGAGGCAUGAUGAGUUCUUAUCUUUGGAAAACUACUCUUGUAAAACAGCACUGACUAAGAAUUCAGAAAAAAGUGAAAGAGCCAUGCAAAAGGAAAAUGUAAAAAUGGCUGAGAGUGAGUCAGAAGGGUGCACAAAGCAACUAGAGAAGCUGGGGAAAGCAAAGAAGGUUCCUGAGCUUGAUAUGGCUAAUAAUUUAUCUGAUUUGAAGAAAGACAAUUGUAAAAAUUCAGAUGCUCAGGAUGUUUUUUCUGCAAAGGCUUCUGAAACAGGUGGUGGAAUGUCGAAGGAACAUGGAGUAGAUUUAAAUGGCUCUGAAACCUUGAAGGCUGUGGCUGUUACUGAGGAACUGCAGGGAGCUUUCCUAGAUCAUCAGCAGAAACAACUAUCUCCUGUAGUGAGAUCUGAGAAAGGGGAGUUUAUCCCUACUGUGACAAGCACCAGUGACUGUGCACCUAAACAACUAGUUGUGACUGACAUGGAAGCACCUCCUUCAUGGAGUGAGCGUGCUCCAGUGGAAGGAGAACCUGGAGUAAGCAGGACUGAAUUAACUAUUUCAGAUUUUUCCAUAGAAAGGGGACAUAAAGUUGCAGGCAUUUCCCCUUCCUUUAACCUUGUAGGUGAUGGCUCAUUCUCUGUACACUUUGCACAUCCAAGCUAUCAGUCUACUCCAGGGAUACUUCUAAAGAAAAAUGUUAAGGCAGAAGAACUUGGUGUCCUGGUGAUCAAAUCAGAUACUCAGGCCUCUCCUUCAUGCUUAAAUGAAGAAACCUCAGGGAGCUCAUCUACCAGUAAACCUGUACCUAUUGAGAAGCAACAUUCACUGCAGUGUGCUCAGAAAGACAACAGUAAACAUUUUGAGUCCUUCAAAUUGAAGUACCCCCACACUGGAAGAAUUCAGUCUCUCCCAUCACUUAGUUUCAUGGAGAAGGUAGGGGCUUGGAAUGUGAGCCAGCCAGAGGAGUUGUCUGAUGUAGUGACUUCAUGUGACCCAGGUGGAGUUUCUCCUACAAGGAAAGCUUACAGUGCAAUUACCAGUUCUUUAAACAAUAUUUUGUCAAUACAAAAAAGCAGUAGAGACCCCACAGAUGAUGUUGCUCCUUCCUCCAGAGGGACAGGUUCCCUGGGAAGUUUGCGUUUUCAUAAUAAAAACUUACUGCUUGUCCACCAUCUGACCAGAUCUCAGUCUGACAAUGCAGUAAAUGUUUCCAGUAGGAACACGUCCUUGGCUGAAGUUACUCCACCAGCAAAUUUGGCAGGGGCAGUGCAGCCUCUAGAAGAAAAAAGCAAUGUUUUAGGAGUGUCUGAAAGUUCAGGAGGCUCCAUGAUACAGAAGUUUACAGCUAAUAUUGCUUAUGGAUCUAGCAGUGAAGAUGCAGAAGGCAAUAGUACAGGACAAAGUUCAGACCCAAAUGUUUUUGUUUCCAGUGAAGAAGUUGCUCAGCUCCUUAGAGAGGAUGGAGACUCUCCAGCUGAUGACCAGAAGAAUUCUGAAGCUCUUGAAAAUCAGUCUCAAAACCUAAAUAUUCCUGCUGGCCAUGUCAGCAAGGACAGUUUUGGUGAUAUUUCCCCAGAUAGUUUGAAUCUUCCUGUUAGUUCUGGGGACAGUAACAAGGAAGGCUUGGGCUCUGCAGAGUGCUCUUCAGUGGUUUCCAGGCACUUCUUUGCCAGCGUAAAUGAUGAAAACUUCGUCCCUGUUGGAGCAACUGAUUUGGAAACUCCAGAGAAAAAAGAGCUUAAUAUUGAAGAAAGGAUCCCAAUAUAUCUUCACAACCUUGGCAUUGAUCAGUCACCUGGAACUAUACUGAUGCCAUUUGUACCCAGAGGACCAAUCAGGGAAGUGGAAUUUUCCCCUUCAGAGCUUAGGACGCUGAAGGACUCCACUGACAUGCUGACAAGGACCACUCCACAGCCGCAAGGUAAAUUGCAAACAAGUUUUAACUGCGGCACUUCUGCUCUCAGUAUGUCUAUACCAAUGAAUUCAGAAGUUGGCUCUGAUACUAUGUCACCCCGUGAACUCUCUCCCUACUUCUCGAGAUCUUUUGGAGACAAACCAGUGAGUCAGUGCAGUAUGUCAUGCCACCAACUGCAGAUAACUGCUCCGCUUUCCACACAGCGGGAGGCAGAGUGUUCAUCUGUCUCCAGACUAGCUGAACCAAACCAGCAGCGGCAGACUCUUUCACCUGGCUGCCGUUCUGACAAAGAGAGUCCCAUGCUUGUUCCAAAAAGUGCUCAGGAUCAUCUAGCUAAAAGUGAGUCAAAAGAUGUGAAUAGCAGCCUGCAGAGAUGGACUGCCAGUUCUUUGGCUGGACUUAAAAAUGAAAUGGAAGUUGACAGAGGAUCACAAACUUCAAGUGUAGGUAGUAAGAGAAGUAAGGGUCACGGAAGUGAUUCUUUGAUUGGAUCUGGCACAUUGCAAGAAAUACGUGAGCUUUUGGCAGAGGCAGAGGAUAUAGCUGGCAGGUGGCGUGAUCCUCUCUUUUCCAUUGCCUCUUCAAGAGAAACUACUGAGUCUUCCCCAGUGCUGAUUAGAAAGGAGGAUGGCCCUGAAGGUUCCAGGUUAGGGAAAGACAACAUCCCUCAGUUUCAGAAGAUACUGUCAUGGGAUGAGAGUAUGACCCAAAGAAGUAUGCAAGAAGGAGGGUUGGUAAUAAAUCCGCUGAAUUAUGACGCAUGCAAUUUAAGAUGGGAAAAUUCUUUUGUUACCAGUUUGCACAGUCAUGAAGAAAUGGUGAAAGAAAUGACCAAAGAGUUCAGGUCAGGAAAAUCUGUAGGAAGGGCUGAGCCAGAAGGUUGUAGUAGUGUAACUACAGACAGAAAUCAGCCUGGUUUGGUGGGUCUUGCACAAAGCAAUGGAAGUAGUGAAGUCAGCACUGUAAGAACUUCAGAGCUCGGGAAUCCUUCAUCCUCAGAGUGUCUAGGCAGUGCCACUGAUAGCACAGGAGGCUUCCAGAGCGUGUUGUCUAAAGCUAGUGUAGCUGGAAGCAAGGCAGGAGGCAUGCGAGAGAGUGAUGACAGUAGCAGUGGAGAUUCGCUAGCUGCCCGUGUCAAAAACCUUCUGGGGAAUCCUUCUUCCUCAGAGCCUCUAGGCAGUGUCACUGGUGUCACAGGAGGCUUCCAGAGCAUGCUGUCUAAAGCUAGUGUAGCUGGAAGCAAGGCAGGAGGCAUGAGAGAGAGCGAUGAUAGCAGCAGUGGAGAUUCACUAGCUGCCCGUGUCAAAAACCUUCUGGGGAAUCCUUCUUCCUCAGAGCCUCUAGGCAGUGUCGCCAGUGUUGCAGGUUUCCAGAGCAUAUUGUCUAAAGCUAGUGUAGCUGGAAGCAAGGCAGGAGGCAUGCAAGAGAGUGAUGACAGUAGCAGUGGAGAUUCACUAGCUGCCCAUGUCAAAAACCUUCUGAGAAAUGGAUCAUCUGUGAUACAUACAACACAAAUUCUGAAGAGUGCAGAUGAAGAGGAGAGGAAAGCACGAGCGUGGGUGAAGCUAAAACUGGCCAGCCGAUCUCAGGAAUCUGUGUCAGACUUCAAUGAAGAGGACCAACAAAGAAUAGAGGAAAUAAAGGCAGAGCUGCUUCUGAGUGCCAGGAAAUAUGCACUAGCCAAGGAUCCAUGUGUGUGUGGUUUGGAAGCUGCUUCUGAGUAUAGCCGUAACCAGGAACAGGACAUAGAGCAUUUCAAAACUCCAAGUAACAAAAGAUUUCAAACUGACAAACACUCUCAAGCCGUCAGGACUAAGGAGCUUUCAGAGUCAAGCUUACGACAAGCUGUGCCAUUAUAUAGAGCUGAUCCUUCUGAUGGUUGCCUGCUGAAGGAUAUGCAGUUUAAAUCUUUAAGUACCGUUCAAACGCCUAUCUGCAACCAAUGUCAAACUGCAGCUAGUCAUUCUGAUGCCAUUGCUGAACUUCAUCCACCGUUGGAGAAGGAAUGGGACACACGUGCAAUGAGAUCUGCAGCUUCUCCUGAUAUCCAAACAGAAGUCCAUUUACCAGCUCAGAAGAAGCUGUCUACGGAGAAGUCUUCUGAAGAUCUGGCUAAGCAAAUCACUUCUAUCACCUUUUCAUCCCGAAAACGUUUGCAGUCACCAUUGACUUUCAUGGCACUUGACAGUGGUCUUAGUAGCGACGGUCUUGAUGGGAUAAUGCCUUUGGAUGUGGACCCUGCUAGCACUGAGGAGCAGAGGUGUGACAAACACUGGGAAAGAUCUAAGACCUGUCCUCCAAGUCCAAUGCUUGCUGGCUCAGUGUCUAAUGAGAUUGCUUAUUCUGCUGAGAAAGACAGGUUUCAUGUCUCUGCUGACAGUAACAGAGUUGGAGCUUAUCAAGAAACAGACUGUUUGUCAGAUCAGGAUUGUGUAAGCGUCCAUGCUGAUAAAAGACAGACUCUUAGUGCAAAAAAUUCUGAUGUUCUGCCUCAAGAUGCGGCUGAAUUGGGCAGGCAUACUGCCAGACUUGUGGGAAUUGACUGUGAUACAAGAGUCAGUCAAGAAAUGAAUAGAUUUAAUGAAGCUCAUUCUGUAAGCUCAUACCAGCAGGAGAAAAGCAGCCCACCUGGCCACAUGCAAUUGUAUGAGAGAUCAGAAGGUUCAGGUCCAGCUGUACAAACUGAUUUGCUGAAGACCCAUUUUAAGUUGUUGGCAAAGGAGAAGAAAAGUCCUUCUGAUAAAGUACCUCUCACUCAGAAGGAGGCUGCAAGAAAGCAAAUUGGUAUGUCUCACCAUUCAUCUACAGAUGAGAUUUUAUCCACCACAUCUGUAUCCCCUUCAUCACCAACUAAGAAAGCACUUUCUUGUGUCCACAUAACUCUUUCCACAAAAUGUAAUAACUCAGAGCUGCAUAGUGGCCGGAACACUGAACAUGAGAUGAAAUCAGGGGAUAAACCUGAAGUUAAUACUCAACUAGUGUCUUUAAAAACUCCAGAAACUUUACUAGAAGCUGUACCUCAAUUAUCACCUGCUGACCUUAUUCCAGAAGAUCAAAGAUCUUCAUCCUUCCCAAUACCAGUGUCUUCAGCAGAUGCCUGCCCAGUGCUUUCCUCUGUUACAAGCACAGCAGGGCAAGAGCUGCCUCUGCAAAGCAGUGAGAGCCCGCAAGUCACUGUUCCAGGUUCAAGAGGAUGUUGUCUGAAGAAUACCUUCAACUCUGUAGCUCCUGCAAAAAGUGGGAAAAGUACUUCUGAUGCUAGCACUCAGAUAACAACAGAAAGUCCUGAAAAAACAACCUUUUCAGCAGAAAUCUAUGUUAAUUCACAAGGCAGUGAAAAUGCUGUCCACCAGUCGUCUCUCCAGAAAACACAUGAACUUCCCAACAAUGCAACUUCAUCUCUUGACAAGAUUUCCUCUUUCCCAAGGCAGGGUGAUCAGCCCUUAUUGCUGCCGUAUAAACCUUCUGGAAGUACUGGGAUGUAUUAUGUUCCUUAUCUAAAGGCAGGAUCUAAAAUUUCUCCAGCUGGGUCAGAAACCAGUGUUGAAAGCUCUCACUCAGGGUCAAAUGAUGCUCUUCCUUCAAGGUUUCUGGCAAACGUGCUUGAUUUAAGGGGUGAUAAUCCUCCAGACAGUACGGCUAUCAAGCAUAAAGAAGUAAUCUACAGUAAGAGGGCCAAGCCCAAGCUAGCCUGGGCUGAGGAGCAAAUGAUACCACUGGAAGCUACUGCAGGACAUACAGAUCAUUUGAAGUCUGUAAAACCCACUCAUUCAGUCUUCAAAUCUUCACGGUUCUACCUUCAUCAUCCAAUGCCCGUGUGUGAGAGCUACUUCCUGUCCAACAGUGAGCUGUCAGAAGACAGUUCUGGUAUUGGAUAUGCUAGACCUCCCUCAAGUGCUGUCUUGCAGAAUUGGAAAAAACGACAUUGGCAUCAGCGUGGUGUCUCUGUUCAUCAUAAAAAAGAUGGUGAAAAUGAAUUCUUUCCACUCACUGUGGAAGCAGAUUACAGCAAGAAUGAGGAUCUAAAUGCUAGUGCAUCUUUGGGGAAUGAAACAUCAAGGAAGGAGCUACUUCAGCAUGGCAGAAGAGCAGCAGAACGAAAAGCAGCUAGAAAUUAUCCUUUGCCAUGUAGUCAAACAACUUGCCUUAGUGAGAAUGUGGAGAAAGACCUACCACGGAGACAGAGAACCCACUCCAGUGGUAGCUUAGAUGAGCUCUGGAUUAAGUUUUUGGAGUGCCAGAAGAGACACCAGCACCGUGAUUUUAGGAGUAAUAGUGAACUGUCUCUUGUUGAACGCCUCCAUCGAUUGGCCAGGGUCCUUCAGAAUCCCAUUAAGCAUAUAAUAAUACCAACAACAUCUGAAAAGAACAUUUCUGAAAAGAAAAUAAAGGGAAGAGAACCAAAGGAAAUAAGACUGCCAGAACAGAGCAUGUCUGAAAGUACCUUGGAGCCUAAUGCAACACGUGUUGAAGAAAGACCACAUAUCACCCAUGAUAAAAAUAGCUUUGUUAAGCUCAGUAAAAAUAGGUCAGGAGAGAAAAUUAUCCGCCACAUGAAUAAAAUUUUGGAGCACCAGCAAUGCUUGGAAACUCCUAGUGACACUUCCUCAGAGUCAAGGCUUAGUAGAGAUCAUGGCACCAUGAUCAGUUCUGCCGCCUCAGAAUCAGAUGCAGUGACCCAAACAGAGAUGGAAACUGCUACUCAGACUGAGGCGAGCAGUUCCAUUUCCACCAUUGAUACUGCCAGGCUAAUCAGGGCUUUUGGGCAUGAAAGAGUGCAGGUGUCACCAAGACUUUCCCAGCUUUAUUAUACCAUCAACCACCAGAAAUGUCGCUGUGAAAAGUGGGACAAGAGAAGCGGCAAAGCAGUGGGUGUAGAAUAUCCAAAAGUUCCUUCUGAAAGAGCCAAGAAAAGGAAAGAGAUCCAGAAUGCAAUCUCCCUUUCAUCAGAUUCCACUUCAAGCAGCGCUUGUUGGGGGCCAAGCUCUGCUCUUAGUAACAAGCGACGGACGCGGAUGCUCAACAAAGGUAUCCAAGCAGGAGACUUGGAGAUUGUGAACAGUGCAACUAAGAAAAACACUCGAGAUGUUGGUGUGACUUUUCCUACCCCAGGAUCUAGCCAGCUAAAUCAACAGCCACAGGAACCCUGGCAUUGUGUUGAUGGUAAUUUUGGAGAGUCAGAUGGUGUGGUCACAGAUCAUCAGGCAGCAAGAAGCAAGGACAAGCAGAAAGGAGAGCCAGGCAAUUUUUUCGUGGAGAAAAGGAUGAAAAGGAGCAGGCUGCAUUUACCACAAGGGAUUUCAUGGUUUGUCCAAGCAGAAGACUUGAAAUCUGAAUCUAGGAAAGAAAACCAUUCCAAUUCCUUUUCUGGUCCUGGUCCAUCUUGGUUUGAACCAUUGACCAGCACAAAGCCUUGGAGAGAGCCUCUCCAAAAGAAGAACUGGAAGGAGCAACAGCACGGCAACAUGAUUCAGCCAGCCGUUCCAGAAGGUGAUGCUGGGAACAGGUCCUCACGACCGCUCGGAAAGCUUACACUACAGGAGGCUCUUGCAGUGCAUCGUCCUGAUUUCAUCUCCCGCUCUGGAGAGCGUGUGAAGCAUCUGAAGCUUGUAAUGGAGGAAAGGAGGAUACAGAGUGUACUGCAGUCCAAACGAGAAGAGCUACUUAAUCCUCCUGAGAAAAGAAAGGGCUACAGGAAUGCAAGUCACAUGCUGUCUGAUCGAGGUUUUCUGUUUAGAGAAAACAGAAGAACAAUUCCAAAGAGUGAAAUGGUUCUAAGAUCUAAACGGAUCUAUGAGCAGCUGCCAGAGGUGCAGAAGAAGCGAGAGGAAGAGAAGAGGAAAAUGGAAUACAGGUCAUACCGCCUGAAAGCACAGCUUUAUAAAACAAAAAUCACCAACCGUGUCUUAGGGAGGAAGGUGCCUUGGAACUGAUAAAGAUCUCCUGUUCAAAUUAAUGUGUAUUAUGCUUAGUAAACUUGCAGCAUAAAGGAGAUUGUAACGUGGAAAAGAUAAUGCAGUGAAUACUUGGGCAGUGUCUGUUUUGUGGUAUUCAGUUCUGUUGUUGUUGUGCUAGUAUAAUCUUGCUGCAUUUAAGAGUCAAUGAUGAUACGAAUGACAGGUUUUUAAAUAAAUGCGUGUUUUUUGUAGUGGUUUUAUGCACUUCCAAAAUAAACAUAGUUUGGGAGUACUUGGCUCAUAAUAUAACUACCUGAUUGGAAUAGCAAUUUUAUAUAUUUAUUUUAAAUCGGUUUUAACAAUGAUUUAUUUUUUUAUUUCCUAUCUCAAUGUAGAUAACUGACUUGUAAUGUUUUGUACUGCAAAAAAAUCCUUGAAUAAAUAACAUUGGAUCAGUUUGUGGUAA